AUGCCAGAAGAAGAAAGCGAAUAUCUCUUUAAAAUUGUUAUUAUUGGUGAUUCAGCAGUAGGUAAAUCCAAUUUAUUAAAUAGAUUUACAAGAAAUGAGUUUACAGAAAAAACAAAAGCAACUAUUGGUGUAGAUUUUGGAACCAAAAGUAUAGAAAUUGAUAAUAAAAUAAUUACAGCACAAUGUUGGGAUACAGCAGGUCAAGAACGUUUUCGUGCAGUAACAAGUGGAUAUUAUCGUGGUGCAGUUGGUGCCAUGAUUGUUUAUGAUAUCACAUCAAAGAUUAGUUUUAAGAAUGUCACACGUUGGUUAAACGAAUUAAGAGAAAUGGCUGAAUCAGAUAUUCUUAUCAUGAUGGUUGGUAAUAAAUCCGAUUUAGAAAUGUCAAGAGAAGUACCAACUAAAGAGGCUAAAGCUUUUGCUGAAUCAAAUAAAAUAUCUUUCUUGGAAACCUCUGCCCUCAACUCUACCAAUGUAAAUCAAGCCUUUGAAACCCUUUUAACUGAUAUUUUCAACUUGGUAUCUUCAAAGAAACCUGUUGUUGUUGACGAUGUUCAAAAUUGGUUAGUUCCAAACCAAGGUAAAAAAUUAACUCCUCUUUCUGAUCCAGCUCCACAAUUAACAACUACUACCGCAUCAACUCAUCAACAAAAGAAAGGUGGUUGUUGUUAAAACCAAUAAUAAUAAUAAUAAUAAUACAAUAUAUAUAUCUAUUUAUUUUUAACAGUUAAAUUAUUUAAAUAAUCAUUAGUAUCAGAUCUACCAAUCUUGUUUUUUUUAAAUAAAAAGACACUGCAAACAAAAAACAUGUUAUAAUAUAAUAAAAUAAUAAUAAAC